CCUUUGCUUGCCUGAUGGACAAACGAAGCAAUCCGAAGCAUUAAAAAAAUAACUUUACAUUGACAUUUUACAAAAAAAAAAUGUUUCGAGGUUAUGAUAAACCUGAAAUAAUUUGAAAAAUGUGUUUAAAGCAAGUUAUGUAAUAACUUGCACCAAAAUUAUUUACUGAUCACCUUUGAAGUUUUAUAUACAUUUUUAUACAUCUAAAUAGUUAAUUCCUCGUAGGUGCAAUUGGCUAUAUUUGAAGACAAUCCAUGGGAAAAUUUUACUGAUGAAGUUGGAGAUAAAUUCUGGACCUUAUACAAGGCCGAGUGGGUGGUGUGGCCCCCGGCUCAAAUGAUAAAUUUCUAUUUUCUACCCACAAGACAUGACCUGCAAUGCAAGCUCUAAGUGUCACCUGGAGGAAGUUUGCAAACAAUAUUAGCAAAUCGAGUCCAAUGUCCUCAAGAUUCAAGAGGAUAGUGAGAAUUGCAUUUAGUGACAAGUACCUGCUUUAUACAAAUAUGACCAUAUCUGUAACUUUAUCCUCAGUGGGUGAUGUUCUAGAACAAGGCUACGAAAUAUACACUAAGGAUUUAGAUAAAUAUAAUCCUAAACGGACAAUGCACAUGGCAUUUUCUGGUGCGGCCGUUGGCGUUCUGUGUCAUCAUUGGUAUAAAGUUUUGGACAAAUUUAUUAUAGGCAAAACAUUAGAAAUGGUAACAAAAAAGUUGUUAUUAGACCAAUUGAUAUUUUCUCCCGUAAUGUUAGUAACAUUCUUUGGUAGCUUGGCAAUAUUUGAACAGGAUCCAAUACAGAAUUUUAAAGAUGAAGUGAAAGGCAAAUUCGGUAAAUUAUAUACGGCAGAAUGGUUGGUGUGGCCACCGGCACAAGUCAUAAACUUUUUCUUCCUGCCAACUAGGUUUAGAGUUCUAUAUGACAACACCAUAUCUUUAGGAUAUGACGUAUACACUUCACAAGUAAAGCACAGCAAAUCCAAUUCCCCCCCACUUAUAAAAAGCGAAAUUUCCUCUUGACGAAAAUUACAUUUAGGUAUUAUUGAAUUAAAGAAAAUAGCGAAUCACAUAAGUUACCUUAUUUAUUUGAUAUGUACUUAUAAGUAUAUUUUGUAUACAAUAUUAUUUAAAUGUAACUAAAUAUUAGUCAAUAAACAAGCAAGCUGUGAUAGAUACGUAAUGAUUCCGUACUUAUCGUGAAAUUGUUCUCAUUAAUAUAUAAAAAAAUGUAAGGUUUCAAAUACCUACUAUCAAAUUUAUAAUUCAUGUUUGUCUUAAUUUAUUAUUCAUAUUUCUAGAGGUACAAUAUACCUAAGUAACUAUCGCAUUGUUAAACUACGAAUUAUGUAUUGAAUUUGAAAAAAAAGUAAUGUUGUUUGUUGUUAGGUUCAAGUGCAAAUGUUUGAAUUUUAUAGACACAUCUAUUGUAAAUUAUUGUUAUGUUUAUAUAUUCAUGAUUGUGAUCGUUUUGAUAAUAAUAUGACUGGAAACAAUCGCCCAAGUCACUUACUCUUAUUUUUACGAGCUCGCUAAAUAAAAUGGUUUACGUAUAUUA